AUUCGCAGAUCACUCCCAUAUCUCAGAUGACCGGAUCAACUGCAACCAGUGAGGCGCCAUCUGGUGUAGAGAUAUUUGUCUGUUAGGUAGCAGGUUAAAGCUACCACUAAAUGCAAUUGAAAUGAAUUCCAGCACCAGUUCGAUUUCCACUCUCUAACGGCACGUGGAGAGCCAGAACGCCAAUCCGUUUCAUAUCUGUCGUCUAAUUAGUUGGAUAGUCAUGACGAUUUGAUCUUAUCGGCUACAUGUUGCAUUUUUUUUUCCCUUGAUAAAUUUAGCUUUUGUCAACUCUCCAGCGAUCGUCAAGAGCGGUAUUACUGAAUCGUCGAAGGAGAAAGAAGCUUUUUUUAGUUUAAUUUAAUAUUAUCUGUAACUUUUAUGGAGUAGGUUUGACAAAUUAGUUGUUGAUGGACCAUUUCUAUUUAUAUGGAUCUGUGAUCAGUCCGUUUCCGUCUCCGUCUACAUACCUUGCUCCUAAGCGCAAGCCGUAUCAGCUCUUCUCCGUCGCUGCGUCGUCUUCUAUUGUUUUACUCAGAUCCUAUUGCUGUUGCCGUGAUCGUGGCCUGAGGUGGGUUUUCAGCGGCGGACGCCGGAUGGGAAUGACUAAGGUGGCGGGAUCGACGCCUUCUACACGGAGCAUAGCGGGAUCUGAUCACCUUCGCCAUGUUGAUUCCAUGACCCGCGUACCUUCCGGCGCAGGAAAGAUCUCGUACCUCAACGCGGUCGUUCUCGGGGAGGCUCUUGCUUCCGAGGAGAAUGAUCUUGUGUUCCCCAAUCCAGAGUUCUCCGCGCAGGCUCUCGUUUCUUCGCCGGAGCAGUACGCGGAAAUGUAUAAGAAAUCAAUAGAGGAUCCGGCUGGUUUCUGGUCGGAAAUUGCAACUCAGUUCUACUGGAAGAGGAAGUGGGAUCCAGAAGUCUUCUCGGAGAAUCUUGAUGUGAGGAAGGGGAAUGUGAAGAUAGAGUGGUUUAUAGGAGGCGUCACCAAUGUCUGCUAUAAUGCUUUGGAUAGAAACAUUGAUGUGGGGAAUGGUGACAAGGUUGCAAUCUUAUGGGAAGGAAAUGAGCCAGGUCAGGAUGGGAAGCUGACUUAUAGGGAGCUUCUGGAGAAGGUUUGCCAGCUGUCCAAUUACUUGAAAGAUGUAGGCGUUAGAAAGGGUGAUACAAUUGUGAUCUACUUGCCAAUGUUGAUGGAACUCCCAAUUUCUAUGUUGGCUUGUGCCCGAAUUGGUGCCGUGCAUUCGGUUGUAUUUGCUGGUUUUUCUUCAGAGUCUCUAUCCCAAAGGAUCAUGGAUUGCAAGCCCAAAGUUGUGAUAACAUGCAAUGGGGUGCGUAGGGGAUCUAAAGCACUUGCACUAAAAGACAUCGUGGAUAGUGCACUGGUGGAAUGCACCAAAAAUGGCUUCUCUGUUGGUUUAUGUCUGACAUAUGAAAACCAGUCAGCUAUGAGUAGAGAAGCAACAAAAUGGCAAGAUGAUAGAGAUGUAUGGUGGCAGGAUGUAGUUCCAAAAUUUCCAACCAAAUGCGAAGUAGAGUGGGUUGAAUCUGAAGAUCCACUAUUUCUCUUGUACACUAGCGGGAGCACUGGAAAGCCUAAGGGCGUAUUGCACACAACUGCGGGCUAUAUGGUAUACACGGCAACAACAUUCAAAUACGCUUUUGACUACAAGCCAUCAGACAUAUACUGGUGUACUGCUGAUUGUGGUUGGAUUACUGGGCACAGCUAUGUGACAUAUGGACCUCUAUUAAAUGGAGCAACUAUUAUUGUUUUUGAAGGGGCACCAAAUUACCCUAACCCUGGACGUUGCUGGGACAUCGUUGAUAAAUAUAAGGUGUCACUUUUCUACACUGCCCCAACUUUGGUGCGUUCUUUGAUGCGUGAUGGCGACGAGUACGUGACUCGUUACUCUCGCAAAUCAUUGCGUGUUCUAGGAAGUGUGGGGGAGCCCAUCAAUCCAAGUGCAUGGAGGUGGUUUUUUAAUGUUGUCGGUGAUGCACGGUGUCCCAUAUCAGAUACUUGGUGGCAAACUGAGACUGGCGGUUUUAUGAUCACUCCUUUACCAGGUGCAUGGCCACAAAAACCUGGUUCGGCAACAUUUCCAUUUUUUGGGGUGCAGGCAGUAAUAGUUGAUGAGAAAGGGAUUGAGAUUGAAGGGGAGUGUAGUGGCUACCUUUGCAUCAAGAAAUCAUGGCCUGGAGCCUUCAGAACGCUCUAUGGUGACCAUGAGAGAUACGAGACCACAUAUUUUAAGCCAUUCCUAGGAUAUUAUUUCUCGGGCGAUGGCUGUAGCAGGGACAAGGAUGGGUAUCAUUGGCUCACUGGAAGGGUUGAUGAUGUCAUCAAUGUUAGCGGGCAUCGCAUUGGCACAGCGGAGAUUGAGUCUGCACUGGUUUCACAUCCCCAGUGUGCAGAGGCUGCUGUUGUUGGUGUUGAACAUGAGGUCAAGGGACAGGGCAUAUAUGCUUUUGUUACUUUGGUGGAGGGUGUUCCUUACAGCGAAGAACUGCGGAAGAGUCUUAUUUUAAUGGUCAGAAAUCAGAUUGGUGCAUUUGCUGCUCCAGAUAAAAUUCAUUGGGCUCCUGGGCUCCCAAAAACAAGGAGUGGGAAGAUAAUGAGAAGGAUCCUAAGAAAGAUAGCUUCCAGGCAGCUAAAUGAGCUUGGUGAUACAAGUACACUUGCAGAUCCUACUGUGGUUGACCAGCUUAUUGCACUCGCAGACAUAGGAUUUUCAGAUGAGCUGCUGCUUCCUCUUUAACUUUUUUUUUUUGCUCUCCAUUUUCUGCUAUAGCCAUGAUUAUAGAUAUACAAGCACAUAAGUUCAGAUACUGCUUUGCAUAAAUUUGUGAAUGUUUAUUCAGGAAUAUUGAUUGCCUAUCACCACAAUAAUAAAUAUACAAGUAGAAGUUCAGAUACUAUUAUGCAUAAAUUCU